AUGAAGGUGUUGAAUCUCAUUAAAGACUUUGAAUUGCAGAAGAUGAAGGAAUCUGAAACUAUUAAGGAGUACUCUAAAAAGCUUAUAAACAUAGCAAACAAAGUAAGAUUGCUUGGUUCUGAAUUUAAUGACUCUUGUAUUGUUGAAAAAAUUCUAGUUAUCGUACCUGAAAGAUUUGAAGCUAUCAUAACCACCUUAGAAAACACUAAGGAUUUUUCCAAGAUCACCUCAGAGUUGCUGAAUUCCUUGCAGGCACAAGAACAACGAAGGGCUAUGAGAGAAGAAGGAUUUCUUGAGGAAGGCUUUCCUACUAAACAUGAAGACAGUUGGAAAAACAAAAAAAAGGAACCAACAACCAAAUAG